AUGAGUUUAAAUGUUACUUUAUUAAGUGAAAAAAAUGGUAGUACUGAAGAGAAAUAUGGCGUAACAAAUGUCCGCCAUGCUAUUAAAAGUGGCGAUAAAAACCUUAUCCUUGCUAAUAUUCAACAAGGACUUGAUAUAAACUAUCGACAUAGUAUCGAUGGUGUAACCAUAUUUAUUUGUGCUUGCAAUACGGAAAACAUUGCAAUUGUUCGGUUGCUUCUUCAACCACCAGAACUCCUAAUCACAUUCGAUUCUAUUAAAAAAGGACCAAGACAUGCUGAAGUGAAUAUUUUAAAAAAGAACUUUUUGAUCGUUAUAAUGUCCAAGGCAAUUCGUUAUCGAAUCUUUUGA